AUGGCCGACGUCAACGCCGUUGGGCAGCAGUUUGUCCAGUUCUACUACCAGACCUUCGACACGGAUAGGGCCGCUCUCCAGUCCCUCUACCGGGACUCAUCCAUGCUCACCUUCGAGGGCGCUCCCAUCCAGGGCGCGGCAGCUAUUGCGGCGAAGUUGACGAGCUUGCCCUUCUCCCGAGUGCAGCACAAGAUCACCACCCUUGAUGCGCAGCCAUCUUCGCCUACCGUCCAGUCAAUACUCGUCAACGUGACGGGUAUGCUCAUCGUGGACGACAGCCAGAACCCGCUCCAGUUUAGCCAGGUCUUCCAGCUCCUCCCCGAGGCCGGCACCUACUAUGUCUUCAACGACAUUUUCCGCCUGAACUACGGUUGA